AUGAAUAAGGGGAAAUAUGACUUUCGAUAAAAAAAAAAUGAACUUUCUAACUAAAUAAUUCAUUUUCAAAUCAUAUUGUAGAUUAAAAACCCAUUGAUAGUUAUAAAAGAUUAUUGCAAAUUCUCAUUGCAAUCUAAAAUAAUUCAAUUACAAACAAAAAUACAGAACAUUUAAAACAAAUUUCNCGAUUUUUAGUUUCUGUGGGCUAGGCAAUUAGUUGCACAACAUUACUGGCAUAUUUAGCUUAUAAUUAUAUCCCCUUGAAUUGGUUGUCUCUACCUAUUUGGGUCAUAUAUGCCUUUAUAACAGGUACUACCGCCACAGGAAUAUGUAUAAUAAUGAAAUAAUCUUAGGGGUUCUAGGUCAUGAAUGUAGUCAUUUUGCAUUCUCAGAUACCAAGUGGUUGAAUGAUGCUUUAGGUUUCAUGUUACAUUAAGCAUUGUUGGUACCUUAUUUCUCAUUGUAACAUUCUCAUGCUAUUCAUCAUGCUAAGACAAAUCAUUUAUAUGAAGGUGAAACACAUACUCCUGUAAUUAUUGGUUCAAAGGUGGGAAAAAUAUACUAAAAGAUGAAAGAUAUUUUGGGAGAAGAGUGCUUUACUUGCAUUUAGAUCUUCAAUAUAGCAGUUUUGGGAUGGCCUCUUUAUUUUUUAAUUGGUGUUUCUGGAGGAUCAGCAAGAGGGUUCACUAGUCAUCUUAUUGUACCAAAUAAGUUGUUACCAAAGAAAAUGCUACUCAAAACAACUAUUUCAAAUCUUGGAAUGUGCUUAGUUAUUUAUUAUCUAUACAAAUGGUAUUUAGCAACCUCAUUUGCUGAAGUGAUGGCUUUGUACAUUGGUCCUUAUUUGGUGGUCAAUAUGUGGUUGACAAUCAUCACUUCCAUGUAACAUAAUGAUUUAGACAUCCCUCAUUAUGAUGAAUUAGCUUGGACAUGGCUUAAAGGUAAAUUAUUGAUAUUUUUUAGGCAAUUUAUGCACUAUUGAUAGAAAUUACCCUUUGUGGAUAAAUGCUUAACAUUUUGACACUGGCACCACACAUGUUCUUCAUCAUCUCUUUUCUGAAUUGCCUCAUUACAAUGCUAGAGUAUAUUAAAAUUUUAUUAUUUGUAGGAGGCUAAUAUCUAUCUUAAAAAAGUACUCGGUGAUUUAUACCACCAAGAUACCAAUAAAUUGUGGAUAUCCCUUUAUCAAACUGCCAGCCUUGUUGGAGUAUAACACUAAGGAAAUGGAGUCUGGAAAUUUGUUAGGACAUGA